AUGACAACGCGCCCAGGUCCCCUCUCAGCUGCGGCUGUCCCGCAGCCCUUGAUCCAUGGCCUCUCCCAGAUAACCAGCAGCUUGUACAUAAGUAAUGGGGUGGGGGCCAACAACAAACUCAUGCUAUCUAGUAAUCGCAUCACUACUGUCAUCAAUGUCUCAGUGGAGGUUAUCAACACAUUCUAUGAGGGCAUACAAUACCUAAAGGUACCGGUGGCCGACUCUGCCAGCUCGUGCAUUUACGAUUUUUUUGACCCCAUCGCUGAUCAUAUCCGCAGCGUGGAAAUGAAGCAGGGUCGCACGCUGUUGCACUGCGCCGCAGGCGUGAGCCGCUCCGCCGCCCUCUGCAUCGCCUUCCUCAUGAAGUACCGCUCCAUGUCGCUGCUGGACGCCCACACGUGGACCAAAUCAUGCCGCCCCAUCAUCCGGCCCAACAACGGCUUUUGGGAACAGCUUAUUCGCUAUGAAUUCAAAUUAUUUAGCAAGAACACUGUGCGUAUGAUCAAUUCUCCAGUGGGUAUGAUCCCGGACAUCUACGAAAAAGAGGUCCACUCGAUGAUGUCUGUGUGA